GCGGAUUGGACUAACCGUAUCAGUAUCAGUUCAACUACGAUCAACUAAACUUGCAUUGAACGCAAACCCGCAAUCGACCAUGUACUCCAAAGUUGUGAUUUGUCUGGCCAUCUGCGUCCUGAGCUCGGUUUCGGCCGCAGUUGUCCCGGUUGCGGCUCCACUGGCCGCCGCAGGAGUUGUCGCCCCGUACGCCACAUCGUACAAUGCGCACACCGUGAACCACAACAUUGCCGCGCCAUACGUAGCUGCCGCUCCGGUGGCCGCCCCCCUCGUUGCCAGGUAUGUGGCUGCACCGGCUGCGUAUGCCGCUGCUGCACCUAUCGCCAAGUACGUUGCCGCCCCAGCUGCCUACGCCGCUGCUCCGGCUGCCUAUGCUGCCGCUCCUGCCAUCGCAGCCGCCUACAGCGCCCCCUACACCUACCCAUAUCUGAUCUAAAAUCGGUUCGGCCGUUUCGAUGCCAUUGGGAUGGGAAUGCGUUCUAGUCAACCCGCUAUGUUUAUGUUGAAAAUAGCUGAACUGUUGGAUGAGAAUAGAUGAAUUUAUAAUGAUGCAAUUGAAAA